CUCCCUCAACCUCCCCCCGCACCAAAAACCCGCGCCCAAAUCCCACAACCGCGCCCCCAGAUCCGCCCCGCCAUCCCGCAUGGCGCACCCGGCCGCGGACCGCCGCCUGCGCUCCUCCCCGGCGUCCUCCGCGUCGCGCUGCGACCACAACCGCUUCCUCCGCCCCGGCGCGCUCGCCAGGCUCCGCGACUCCAAGAUCGUAGCCCGCUCCCUUCGCUCCGCCGCCUCCGCGCGCCUCCUCCCGCCCUCCCCCUCCUCGCCCGCUCCCUUGUCACCCGCGCACGCUGCGGAGACCGGCGUGCCGCACUUCUUCGGGGCCGCGCGGGGCGGCAUGCGGUACCCGCUCCGGAAGAAGCUCGCCGCCGCCCGGGGCGUCGUGUUCCUGCCCCCGCCGCCCGUGUCGCCGGGCGCCCUGGAGGCCUUCCUCGGCGCUUUCGCCGCCGCGCCGUCCGAGCUCCUCGCCGCGCACUGAUAGGCCGGCCGGCCGGCCGGUAGACUCCUGUGCCACUGCCGCUGUGGGGAUGCGUUCGCAGCGGCGCAGUCGGAGCUGGAGGAUGCCGCGUGCCGAAGACCAACUGCUGUGCCGCUCAGCUGCUGUCUAGGCUUCGUUAGAUCUGUGUAGAUGCUUCUUUCUUUUAGGAACUGCAACUUUUUCAGAUGUUGGAAGUGCAACCUUGGGAGUACUAGUAGAAAAUAUCUGUGUAAUCUUUUAUGUAAAAAAAACAAAGGAAUCUGUGGUCUUGAUCUCGAA